AAAUCCACAUGACACAACAUUGAGCACUCACUGGUCUGCUCAGACUCAGGAAAUUCCACCAACAAUCAGUAGACAAAUAACCUCCUCUAUUGCUGAAACCCAAGAUCUGACAUUUAAGAUCAUGUUGGAGGGUCAAUGGUCUGAAGCUUUGGGUGCUAACAAAAUCAGAACCAUCAUUCACUGGCUGAAGAAGCAGAAUAUUAAAGGUGAUGCAUGUUUGGAGGAACAUCUGCAAACCUUUGGCUCCUGGCUACAGAGAACAUCAGAAGUCACAAAAAAGGAAUUGUCAACCUUGUGUUUCAGUCGUUGUCAGGGUUUGUGGAUGUUCCUGGAUCGGAGCUCCUUUGUUGAAGUACACAUCUUGCUCCAGAGGCUACAGAACCUGCACAUCUUGGUUCAGUGGUUGAGAAAACAACAAGGUUUGAAGGGUCCAUGUAUGAUCUGCAGGGACACACAGCACUCAUUGAAUGUCAGACAUGCCUGUUGGAACCAAGAGCUCUGCACUCUGAAACAACACAUCUGGCUGGGUCGGCUUGUUCAGUGGUGGGGCAUUAUGGGGCUUCUGCCCAGGUUACCUGAAGCCCAAGAACUGAAACGUAUCUCCCAGAUGUGGAAGGAAAUGGAGCUCCGCCAUCAGGAAAUAUGUCUUAAAACUGCUUGGUGGAAUAAGAGAGAGAUGGAAAGAUGUGUCUUUUUGAUCAAGGGCAUGGUGAUGCAGCUGUCCAAAAGACAUGGGUGUAUAUGGACCUCUGAAGACUGCACAGAUCAAUGCUACCCUCCACCUUCUCUUCAAUCCCUUCUGAAGCUUGUCUUGGUUCCUUGUAUUGACAACAUGUUGGUCCAGGGUAUUCUAUUAUACUUCAUCGUGGAUGUGGCUAACUUCCUACAGUGCAAAGACAACCUUCUGCAGUCUUUUUGCCAUGCUUUCACAAUUCCUCAUAGAUUUUCCCAUCAAAUCAAAGCCUUCUGGAUGUUUGAUCAUGGGCACACAAAGGCCUCCAUGGAGCUCUUGUUGAGUCCCAAAGCUGAUAUCCCUCAGUUCUCCUGGCAACAUCGAUGCAUUAUCAUCUCUCUGCUGAAAAGCAAGCAGAACCACAUGGCACUGAAGUAUCUCCAAUGGACAAAACCUCCCAUAGAAACCAUAGAGGAUGCAAAACUUUGUGCAGAAGUGUUUCUUCUAAGCAGUUGUCUGUCUGAUGCUUGGGCUAUGUUGAAAGGAAGCCACACAGAAAAUGAGGAUAUGGUCAUGUACUUCCUCCAGGCCUGUAAAGGUGUGAAUCUACAUGCUGAAGCUGUAAAAUACGUUUGCCAUGGAUGCAACGGUGAAGAAGACUGCAGCAGAGUGGAAAUAUGCAUCUUGCAGCAGAAGAAUAAAGAUUGUUUUAGUGAAAUGAUACCCUGCCCACUGUCUGCCACACUGAAUCAGAAUCAUGCGGAGAGAACGAUGUCUUCAGAGGAACUUGUCAAACUGGUCAAGAAGGCUGUGACAGAAGUGAGAAAACCAAAUCCCAGCAUAAGUGAGGUUGUGUGGCCAAAGAAACCAAAGAGAAAAUCAAACAGCAGAGAAAUAUUUCUGUCAGUGCAGGCUCUGCGUCGCCUCACUCCAAGUCCAUUCUCAAUGGAAGCUGUGGAAGAAACUGAACAAACAGCUAAUACAGAGGAUGACCAAGGGGAACACUAUGCUCUCAAUUCUAAUCAAUCUGAGACACCGGACAUUCUGACGUCUGAGAAUCAAAGGUCUUUGUCAGCCCUUUCUUUCUCCUCUGCCUCAUCAGCACCUCUGUCGACACAUCCUCACUUUUUUGACAGCACCAUAACUCUGCAGAGGAUUUCAGCUUUUCUCACUGAUCAGGAGAUCCAAACUGAAGGAGAUGAUGAGGACAAUUUCGCCUCUGUGGCUGAUUUUCUGCUGGUGCCAAAACUGUCACCAGAUGGCGCCACAGAACAUUACUUCGACAAAGGUUUAAAGUCCCAAGAUAAAGUAAUAUCUUAUGGUUUGCAAGGUGGCAAAGACAACAGGAAGUACACACCAGGAGAGCAAGCAGCUGAUGAUUCUCCCAAAAUGGUCGCUUCAGGUUCCUACCAGAGGGAAGACCAGUCAGACGGUGUUCUGGUGAUAUCAGCAGAGCAGACAGGGGAUGAACACCACCAGCAAAAGGAAGCUCUGGGGUGUGGCACCCAAGACUUCUCCAGUAGACCACCAACAACCCUCCAAGAUCCAGUGACUGACCUGAACCAAAGCUUGAUUUCAGAGGACAACUCUGGCCCACCAACACUUGAUAACACCACAUCUUCCUGUCUACUUGGCCCAUCGUUCACCGACAGUCUGGCCAACUUCACUGAUUUCUGUGCAAAGCAAACAGAUGACAAACAGGCAGAAGGAAAGGAGCUUGCAGGUUGGAGAGGGAAGUCUCCACAACAAAGAGUCAUGAGUGGAAGAAUACAACCCAGGAAAGGCAAACGAGUGAAGAGAACAUGAUGAAAAUAAUGCAUGAUAAAAAGAGUCUUUUGAAGACAUGAAUCUCAAUUAUAUAUCAUGAACUCACACUCUGUAACACUGACCGAUCAACUAAACAUUGGACAUACCAGCAACAUGCAGUACAUGCUUUCUUGAAUGUUUCUCUGAGCUAAAUCUGAAAGCGUCACAAAGAUUGUUAUUAAUAUAUAUUUUCACCAUUGUCUGUUCAAUAUUAAAAGGAUACAUGCUGUUCUAGAUAAAAACACAAAUACACCACAUUAAAACAUCCACUGAUGUUAUCCUUGGAAUUGAUUCCACUCUUUGCAUUCUUUGCUGGCUUCCCCCAUGCUUGGAAAAAAAAAUGGGAUGUUUGCUUUGUAGCCAUAGCAUCUCAUGAAAAAUGGAUGACCUCCCAAUGCUUUCUUCAGUCCAUUCCCCUCUAUAUUUACCCAGAGUCCAGGGAAUGCAUUUGGGUUAGCAUCCCUCCCCUUAUCCCUCUCUUGUUCGGGUGAGUGAAUAACUUAACACAUAUUUCAGGUUGACACACUUCUCCUGCGGGUCUCCCCUGGGCGCCCACUUCACGAGCCCACACAUGUUGUAUUAUUUAAAAAUGGGCUUUGGAAUUCUGCUCAUGUAAUUUCCUCUUCGUUUUUUUUUUUUUUUUUUUUUUUAAGACUUUGACCUUGCAGUUGUUGCAGCACUUCUGAUACCAAAGGUUGUUCAAGGUCUAAUCAGUUAGGACAUCAGCUAAACUACAUGUAGUUAAUUUUGUGUUGAGAAACAAUCCAUCUGUUUCUCAGAUGGUUGAUUUUUUUUUUAAAAAGGAAGAAUCCUUUUCUUUCUAAAUUAGCAAUACUAUUACAUAAUUAAAAAGACUAAACAGAUUUAUGCAUACUUCCCAGGAUUUAGAUUGUUUUGUUACAAAAAUGCCAUUAUUCCAAUUUAAGAUCAUAUGAACAAUCUAUGAGGAUUGCUUUCCGAUUGAAUGAAAUGGGGGCAAGAUUCUUUCAUCUGAAAGAUGAACUGUGUAUGGGGUGUGCACAGUGCAUGGUAUUGGUAUACUUUUUUUUUGUUGUUGUUUAUUUUGUUUUGUUUUUUUAUUAAACUGUAAAAG